AUGUCCUCAGCAGCCGUGACUGUCAGCUUGGAAGAUCUUAAGAAUGGCAAUGUCUCGUUCUCAACUUUAGAAGAAGCCUUUGGACCAGACUCCUUAGGAAUUAUCAUAGUCAAAGACGUCCCAUCCGACUUCGUCCAACUAAGACAUCGUCUACUAACCUACUCUUCCUACCUGGGCAACCUCCCCUCAUUCAGACUCGCCAAACUCGAGAACCCCGCCGCAAAAUACCUAACCGGCUGGUCCCUCGGCAAAGAGACUCUGAAAAAUGGCCAAAUCGAUACCCUAAAAGGCUCUUUCUACGCCAACUGUGCUUUCUACGUCGAUUCAUCCUUGGACUGCGCUAAACCAACCUCAGAGUUUUCUCCUGAGAACUUUCCCGAGUAUCUAAGUCCGAACCUAUGGCCAACCCUCCCAGGAUUUAAAGAGACGUUCGAGGAUCUAUGUCGGCUUAUCAUCGAUACCGCGGUCCUGGUUGCCAAGGCAUGUGAUCGGUAUGCCGAGAAGGAGAUCCCGGAGUAUAAAUCUGGGUAUCUAGAACAUGUUGUUAAGACAUCUACUACGACCAAAGCUCGACUAUUGCAUUAUUUUCCCGCAGACCCUAAAACUGAGGAAUCGAAGACGGACGACGAUUGGUGUGCAACCCAUCUCGAUCACGGCUGUCUGACCGGCUUAACAUCCGCGAUGUUCAUCAACGAAUCUCGACAAAUCCCCGCUAUCCCCAUCACGUACUCAUACAACCCCCAAUUCCUCCCAACACUAGCAGAACUCGAUGCCUCCCCGGAUCCUACCGCAGGACUGUACAUCCAGUCUCGAAGCGGAGAAACGGUGCAAGUCAAGAUCCCGAGAGAUUGUAUUGCAUUCCAGACAGGCGAAGCGCUAGAAAGAAUCACCAAGGGCAAGUUUAAGGCUGUGCCGCAUUUUGUCAAAGGGGUUAGACCGGGGGUGGGGGAGGAGGGGGGCAGGAUUGCGAGGAAUACGUUGGCUGUUUUUACGCAGCCGAAUUUGGGGGAGGUGGUGGAUUUGGAGCAGGGGAUUACGUUUGGGGAGUUUGCCAGGGGGAUUGUUGAGAAGAAUACUACGAAGUGA